UGGCGGCUUGAAAUAUUUUCGAUUAAUUUUACUGGGUUUCACUUGAAUAAUUGCCAUCAAAUCACCAAAUUUCAUUUCGUCUUUUGCAACAUAAUGCAAUGGAGAAAGACGACUUGAAAGAGUUAGAAAACCUCAGGAAAAGUAAGAAGAAAGCCGAGAAAAGGAAUGAUCUAAAAGAAGUCGCUACAUUAAGUAAUUACAUUGGUAAAAUAUUAGCUGAUUAUGGAGAAUAUGAAGAUGCUAUCACAGAACAUGAAACAGAAAGAUCCAUUAGUGAAACAUUACAUGAUGUCAUUGGAGAAGCUGUGGCAUGUCGUAAGAUUGGAGAAUGUUACUGCUCCAUGGGGCAGUACGAUAAAGCCAUCAGUUUACAAACACGACAUCUUGACUUAGCCAAGUCGUGUGAUGAUAUACUAGAAGAACAGAGAGCUUGGGCGACAAUUGGUCGAACCUACCUAUGUCAGGCAGAAGCAACACAAAGUCGAGGUCCUCAGUUGGAGAUAUUAAAGAAAGCCGAAGACAGUCUGUUAAAAAGUUUAGAAGUUUGUGAAAGAUUAAAACCAACAACUAAAGUAGAAAGUUACAUGGAGAUGAAGGAAAGAUUAUUCCUUAAUAUGGGAUUAGUAUAUGAUGGUAGAGGUGAAGUUAAAAGUAGUGCUGAAUAUUUCAAACGAGCCAUUUCUAUAGCCCAAAAAUAUCGACUGUACCAUGAUGUAUAUCGCUGUCAGAAUGCUCUGUGUAAUAUGUAUCAAAAAUGUGGUAAUAUGAGUCAGGCUUUACGAGCGCUAGAUGAUGCUCAGAAAAAUGCAGUGAAACUAAAAGAUAAACAUCUGGAGAGUGAUUGUCUUUUACAGAAAGCUCAGCUUCAGAUUAAAAUAGGUGAUUAUGAAACGGCUAAAAAUAGUUUAAAGAAAGCCAAGAAACUUGGAUUACCUCAAGAACAAGAUGUUCAACAGUUAUAUAAACUAUAUAAAGCAGCAACUAAAAUGGAAGAAUCCAGUCAGGAUUUGGAAACAGCUGUAGAUGAAAAAUGUCGAAUGAAACUUUACGAAACUCUGGCUGAUUGUUCUGUAGAUGCUAAUAACUAUAAACAAGCUCUGGAUUAUUAUCAUAAAAUGCUUAAAUGUGCAACAGAUCUGGGUUUAGCAGAUGAAGAAAUGGUACCAAUAUAUGUAUCAUUAGCUCAAACAUACUGUGAUGAUAAACAAUAUACACAAGCUAUUACAUACUAUAAACAGGAAUUAACUUGUCAUACUAAUAAUCUAGAACAGACUUGUAGAACAUGGUUAAAUAUAGCUGAAGCAGAAGAACAUCUAAAUCUAGGCUAUAAUAAAAUCAGUAAAUCUUACUUAGCAGCUUUUGAAGCAGCACGAAAAACUAAACAUAGAAAAUUACAGGUUCAGGUAUUGAAGUCAUUAGCUGAAGUACAAAAACAUUUUAAACAGAAAGAACACCUGAUUGUUACAGAGAAGAAAUUAGAUACUUUCUUUAAAAAGUACGAGAAUGAACUGGUCGAUCUAUCAGAUGAAGAAAGUCAACCUACAGAAACACUAGAUGAUGAUGAUGUCAUUAUAUCAGAUUUAUCAGAAUCGGAACCCGAAGAGGAAGACACAAAUCAAGAAACAAGAACCAGAUGUUCACGAAAAACUAAUUCAAAAGCAAAGGUAAAUGAGAAAGGAGAAACACCAUUACAUAGAGCUUGUAUAGCAGGACAUAUCAAAAAAGUUAAAAAACUCAUAGAACAGGGUCAUCCUGUAAACCCAAGAGAUUUCUGUGGAUGGAUUCCAUUACACGAAGCAGCUAAUCACGACUUUUAUGACAUAGUAGAAUAUCUAUUAAAUCAUGGAGCACAUGUUAAUGAUCGUGGUGGAGCUAGUUGUGGUGGAGUUACUCCCCUUAUCGAUGCUUCUAAUUGUGGUAAUAUGGAAAUCGUAGAACUCUUGGUUAAUAAGGGAGCUAAUAAAUUAGCCAAAGAUGAUGAGGGUCAGACAGCAUUAGAUUGUUUAAAUGACUGGUAUAAUAGAUGUGAAGAUACAUUAAGUGGUGAAUUAAAGAAACAAUAUGUAAAUACAGUCAAAUUAUUACAAAAUACAGGAUCAACAAGAAAAACUCUUCCAAACAAUAGAAAUACUACAGUAGAUACAUUUAUCCAGUCCUCAGACGAUGAAGAUCUUCCAGACUUGUCAAUGUCAAAGAAGGCCAAAAGACUAGCAUUGUUGAAGAAAACACCCAGACCAUUAAUAGAAGUAGAUAGUGAACAAGAUAGAGCUCCAGAUUCUUACGAAGAUUCAGAAGAAAUUUACUUGAAUCCUGCUUUAGAAAAUAUCCACACAAACGGAAACGCAACAGAAGACUACAGAAGUGCAAUUUCAUUGGUCGGUAAAUCAGCUGCACAUUCAUCUCAAAUGCUAGUCUCCACACAAAAACAUUUACCCUUUGAGUCAAGUGUGGAACCCGAUGCAUUAUUGAGUGAAAAUUCUUAUGUAGGUGAUGAUUGGUUGAUUGAUGAUACCCGACCAAUCAAAAGAAAGUUUAGAGAUUGUGAUGGAUUGAUGAGUGGAAAUUCUUUUAGCAGAAGUCAGAAAUCAAAUGUUGCUAAGCGACAAAGAAUUACAACCAAUCCAAUUGAAGAUGAUGAUUUAGUGUCAAAUGAUUCGAACGAUAUUUGUGAUAUUAACGACAAUAAUUUUAAUAUGGACAACGAAGAUAUAGACUUCUGUGUCAUUGAGGACGUGAUAUCACCAGAAGCCGUCAAUCGAACAAACAAUACUCAAAAAAGUCUUUCAUUAAAACGAAAAGCCAAACAGACUAGAAUAACCAGCUUUGGUUCAAGUUCUGAAAGAAUGCAAAUGUCUACCUCUUCGAAUAAAGUUAAUAGCAGAAAUAUCAAUAAUAAAACAUUAAAACAGAGUGCCGUGUCCAUCAAUGACUUAUGGGAUACAAAUUCCAAUGAUUCUGUUGAUUCAUCAGCAGGAAUAAACAGUAUUAUUAAUGUACCGUCUGUUAGUCAAAUGUCUACUAAUGUGAUGAAAUUUAAAGUGAAAAUCAAAGAUAAAGUUUUAUUAAUACCAGUUCUUCAAAGUAAUCAAGACAAAACUAUAUCUUGGUUGUCACAGGAAGUAUCACAGAGAUAUUAUAGUCUGUAUGGAUUACGUCCCCUUUUAACACUGAGUACAACAGAGGGUGCUUUACUCUCUCCAGAUGAUAUUAUAUCUAUGGUAUUAGUUAAUAAUGAUGUGAUCUCUGGUACUAUAGAUAAUUGGGAUUUACCUCCCUUACAUCAAAGAUAUAAACAAGCUUGUAAAACUCUAAAUACAGUAACAUACAGUAAUAUAAGUAAUAUACUACAGACUAGUGAAACAACGGGACAUCUUGUUCUCAGUAAUCUGGCUUUACGACCUGUACAGAUACAACCAGUAUUCAGAGCUCUACAGGGACAAAAUAAUUUAACUAUAUUAAACUUACAAGGUAAUAGAAUGGGUGAUAUAGGUGUUGAGAAUUUGAGUAAAACAUUUGAAGCGAUGCCCAAUUUAACCAGUUUAAAUGUAGCGUGUAAUAAUAUUACUAGUAUAGGUAUAAAACAUAUAACAGAUGGUAUAAACAAUACAGACGAUACAAACAAUACAAAACAUUUACAGUUAUUAUGUUGUUUAAAUAUAAAUGGUAAUGGAUUAGGUGAUAAUUGUAUAACAAGUUUAUCGUGUUUAAUAUCAUCUCUACCAUCAUUAUCAUCAUUAUAUAUAUCAUCAUGUCAACUUACUACACAAUGUUUUCAACAACACAGAAUAUUACUAGCCAACUCUUUAACAGCAUCAAAUGUGCGCUUAUUAGAUGUGUCGUGUAAUAAAUUUGGAACUCUGGGUGUUGAGUUAUUGAUCAAAUGUUUAAAUAGUCAGAAAAUUACAAGUUUAAAUAUGGCUGACACUCAAUCAGGAACCAAUAGCAGUCAUCUGUCCUUACAUCUACAACAUUAUUUUACUCAGGUUGGUUGUAGUUUAGAAGAAUUAAAUAUUUCUGGUUGUAAUCUAUCGUCUGAUGAUGUUCACUCUAUAACACGAUUACCAUCCUCUUGUCCAAGACUCCAUAAACUCUUAAUCUCCAAAAAUAUCCGAAUAACAAACCAAACAAUACAACAACUUUUACAAACUAUUGUAGAAAACGAUGUUAGUUGCUUGGAGGAAGUUACCGCUGACGGAUGUAGUAUUAAAUCUCCGUUAGAUACAGGAUUUUUAGAUUCUCUUAGUGAUGUUUUGUGUCGUAGUUUCCCGCUGCGUUUUCUGUCGUUUACGUGUGAAGGUCUUGAUAAAGUUGACUGUGACUGCAUACGUCAGGUUUGGGAAGAAAAAUGGAAAGAUUUAUCAAAGUUGGUGGUCUCAGGAAAUCAUAUUCAACUCAGUGUAUCAGAAAAAAACUCUUAAACGGAAUGAUAAAUGUACGAAAAUUAUAUAUCUGUUUGUAUGGUCAAAUUUCAAUUUUUUGUUAAAGAUGUAUUAUGUAAGAUUUAGAUAAAGAACUGACCAUUCUUGCUAUAAGAGCUCAAAAAAAGAUAAUGGAACAUGAAAAUAUUGAAAUUUUCAUUCAAAUUACUUCAUUCUGAGCCAAGUUAUCACUGUUUGUAGUUUUUACAAGAUGUGUGCGUUGUGGUAACCAGGGUACUGGUAUAUUCGAGAUUUAACCUUGCUUCCCAUUUUUAAAUUAAAAUUUUUAAUGGCUAACCGUUCUAAUCUAGCUAAUUAAAUCUCGAAUAUCCGAUGCCAUCAAGAGUGAUUAUGGUCUUGUCUUGUUAAUAAAUGUCUAAUUAAUAGUUUAUAUAACAUUUUAGGCCUAAAGAAAGACCUGAAAUAGCCAGAUUUAUUUCUUGCAUAAUGUAUGUUUUGUUAAUCUAAAUUUUUGAUGUCUUUUGAAAUUAAUUUUUCACUGUUUUGAAAUCAUUACAUUAAUCUUUUUUUGAAACUUUAGUGUUUAGUAUUAUUAAAUGCCACUGAAACAUUAUAAUAAUAACUUUGUAGCAGUAAUUGUACAAAGGCAUUGUUUAAAAUAUAUCAAUGAAAGUGGGGUUCAUUAAAAUUUUUCAAUGAAAGUGGGGUUCUAUCUAAGAAAAACAAGAAAUGAAAUUGUACUUUUAUAUUUACGUUUCCAAAUUUAAGCUGUUAUUUUGUAUUAAAUUGUUUGUGAUAUUGAUACCCAGAUUAGCAUCUUCUGUUAUACUGAGUAAUGUUAAAAAUUUAUCAAUAGAUUUAGAAGUAUUAGGACAUAUAAAAAAACAUUCUGGUUCUCACACUCACACACCCCUUAAAAAUAGCAGCAUGACAUGUUUUUAUUUCCAGAUAUGUACCCUAGACUCAAUCAUCAAAUAUGCUACUCUGAUAAAUGUUAUUGAUGAUCCUAAAUGAUACUGGAUAAUCCUACAUGCAUCAGAGAGAGAAAUGGGGUUUAAUGUCCACUCGACACAACUCGAGAAAACCCACGAGGUUGGACAGGUGACCAUACUCCUUGUCACAUACAACCGGGGAAUUGAAACCACAUCAGUUGACUCAAUGACAGACCUUAUGACACAACGCGCAUGCACUAAUAAUCAUUCACACCCCCCCCCCCCCCCCAUACAUUCAACAAUGUGUUGAGAUAAAUGUAGUGCCUUGAAAUGUGAUGUUUAUGAGAAGUCAUUAAGUCAACUAUUUAUCCUUUGGCAAAAUAAAAACAAAAUCAUAAAAACUUCCCUCUUGCAUUAGAUUUUUAGGAAAUGAAAUGAAAUUAGGUUUAACGUUCUACUGUCCUGCUCCAACUGGGCUAUUGAAGACAGAGAUUUUUAGGAAGGAUUGUUUGAGAACUAGAAUAUUUUUUUUGUAUGGCUGAAUAAAUUGUAUGUAUUUAUGUAGAUAUAUUGUUUAUAUAUUUAUUGUAUAUACUGUAUUCAAGGUUUGACUCCCAAGACAUUUCUUUGUAAACAUUAUUAAAUAUGUAAAGUUAUGAAAAACAUUAAAGAAUAUAUUUUUU